AUGAGUAACGACGAUCUCAAGGGCAUUGACCCCAAGGCCAAUAAAACCCACUAUGUCGGUUCAGACGUUGACGAGGGUCGUCUUCAACAUGCCGCCGAUGCUAAGCGCCAGAUUGGCGUUCUGAGUGCCUCUAUGCUCAUCUUCAACCGUGUCAUUGGAACCGGUAUCUUUGCCACCCCUGGCUCCAUCCUCGCUCUUCUUGGAAGUCCCGGUCUGGCCCUCAUCAUCUGGGUUGUCGGAGCCAUCAUUGCCGCUGCUGGUACUGCCGUCUACCUCGAAUGGGGAACCGGUAUCCCCAAGAACGGUGGUGAGAAGAACUACCUCGAGUUUAUCUACCGCAAGCCCAAGUUCCUCGUCACUGGCAUGUACGCCUCGUACGUUAUUCUGAUGGGUUGGGCGUCGGGUAACUCUGUCGUCUUUGGCGAGUACAUCCUUCACGCCGCCAACAAGGAAGUCGAUCGAUGGAACCAGCGAGCUAUUGGUCUGGCUUGUGUCACCACUGCGUUCCUCAUCCACGGCUGCGCUCUCAAGUGGGGUCUUCGUCUGCAGAACGCUCUCGGAGUCAUCAAGCUGGCCAUUGUCUUCAUCAUGAUCAUCUGCGGAUUCGUCGCCCUUGGCGGACACCUCAAGAUCGACGAGAAGCCCGACAACCUGCGCAACGCCUUCGAGGGCACCACCGGAAGCGCCUAUGGUGUUGUUACUGCUCUGUACAACGUCAUCUGGAGUUUCGUCGGUUACAGCAACGCCAACUACGCCCUCAGCGAGACCCGCAACCCUGUGCGAACCCUCAAGAUUGCUGCUCCCACUGCCAUCAUCUCUGUCUCGAUCAUCUACAUCCUCGUCAACAUUGCCUACUUUGCUGCCGUCCCCAAGGCUGAGAUCAUUGCUUCUGAGCGUCUUGUUGCCGCCUCUCUGUUCCGCAACGUUAUGGGCCCUGCUGCUGAGCGCGCCAUGUCUGUCUUUGUCGCUCUGUCUGCCUUUGGUAACGUCCUGAGUGUCAUCUUCUCCCAGGGUCGUCUUGUUCAGGAGCUUGGUCGUGAGGGUAUCCUCCCUUUCUCUCGUCUGUGGGCCAGCAACCGACCCUUCAACGCCCCUCUCGCCGGUCUCUUUGAGCACUGGGUUAUCUGUGUCAUUGUCAUCCUGGCUCCUCCUCCCGGUGAUGCUUACAACUUCAUUCUCAACCUCAUCUCUUACCCUCUUGCCAUUGUCAACACCUUUGUCGCCGGUGGUCUUGUGCACUUGUACCUUCACCGCGCCAAGUACAACUGGAACCCCCCGAUCAAGGCCAGUCUCCCUGUCGCUGUCUUUUUCAUGCUCAGCAACAUGUAUCUGGUGAUUGCUCCUUUCAUCGCUCCUGAUGAUCCCAGCCAGAACCAGUACAAGAGCAUGCCUUACUACAUCCACUGUGUUGUCGGUAUCGGUAUUUUGGUGGCUGGUGCCUUCUACUGGCUCGUCUGGGCUAUCAUCCUUCCCAAGAUUGGUGGCUACAAGCUUGUUCGCGAGGUUCAUGUUGAUGAGAUUGACGGAUGGGAGUCAAACCGCUUCCGCCACGAGCGUAUUAAUUAG